UCAGUCAGUGUUGUGUAGUGGGGGCGUCUUGGUGCUCGUCUUUUCCUCAUGAUCUAGCAUGCGCACUCUUUGUCUUCACCAGUAUUUCCUCAGGUGGAUAACAAGUGUGUGAGAGUGAGUUGUGCAAGCUUGUACCACGAGCAGUCUGAUGCUCGUCCCACCAACAAACUGUGGUGUGUGUAACUUUAGCCUAAACACGUGCAGUGUUUAUUGAUUGAUAAUGAUCAUUGGUAAUAAGUGAUAAAAUUAUAUUUUUUAUCUGCAGCAUUACAGAAGACCCUUUGAAAGAGGUUGUUUUACGUGUGAAAUUGACCGCUAUUAGUGAUACACAAGUGAGGACGAUGAGGCCAGCUUGAUAUAGUCUAGUCAUUAAUAUAUAUUUCAAGAUCUGUAUAUUGAGGAUACAAAGGAACUAUCAACAUGGAAGACUCAAUGAUGGCGGACGUGGACCCGGAGACGCUGUUGGAGUGGCUGCAGAUGGGCCAGGGCGAAGAGCGGGACAUGCAGCUCAUCGCCCUGGAGCAGCUGUGUAUGCUCCUCCUCAUGUCCGACAAUGUCGACAGAUGCUUCGAAAGUUGUCCACCAAGAACAUUCCUGCCAGCACUCUGCCGCAUCUUUCUGGACGAGUGUGCUCCAGAUAAUGUUUUAGAAGUCACUGCCCGUGCCAUUACUUACUAUUUGGACGUUUCUGCCGAGUGUACACGUCGCAUCACCACAGUAGAGGGUGCAAUCAAAGCAAUGUGCAACCGUCUUGUAGUGGCUGAUGUGUGUUCAAGAACCAGCAAGGACCUAGCUGAACAGUGUAUUAAGGUUCUUGAACUGAUUUGCACACGUGAAGCUGGUGCAGUUUUUGAAGCAAGUGGUUUGAACUGCGUCCUUUCAUUUAUUAGAGAUAAUGGCCAUUUAGUUCACAAAGAUACACUCCAUUCAGCCAUGCAUCUUGUCUCUCGAUUGUGUGGGAAAAUGGAACCAGCGGAUUCUGGACUUGCUCCCUGUGUUGAGUCUCUCUCUACGCUACUUAGACACGAGGAUCAGCACGUAGCAGAUGGAGCUUUACGUUGUUUUGCCUCCUUGGCUGACCGCUUCACUCGGCGAGCCCAGGACCCAGCGCCUCUUGCACAGCACUGCCUUGUUACACACCUUUUAGCUCGUUUAGCUGGAGCUGCUCCGCAGCCAGCGCCAGGUGCUGCUGCUGCGGCUGCCCCAGGAGCACCUGUAGCCACUCAAGAAAACUCCAAAACAUCUGCCUCUGUCUCCACUGUGAUUUCUCUGCUGUCCACACUCUGCAGAGGCUCGCCUAGUAUUACCCAUAAUUUGUUGAGAUCUAACUCCCAGAUCCCAUUAAAAAAAAGCCCCCAGGGAGAUGGCGCUUUUAAUUUAGUAGUUAUUAGAAGUUUGAAAUGUGUUACCAAUACUCAGGAAGGGAAGAAGUCAACAGAGGAAGGUAAUAGUACGAAUAUUGAAGAUACAGAAAUUGGAGAACCACGUGGAGAUGUAGAAAUGGCACCUGUGUAUCUAAGUCGCUUACUUCCAGUGUUUUGUCACACCUUCCAAGCUACAAUGGUACAUACUGUAAGGAAAGCUUCACUCAGUAUACUUAGAAAAAUGGUACACUAUAUUCCUGCUCCUUUGCUUCAUCAGGUGUGUGGUGGCGAGGAUGCAACUAUUAGCACAACCACAUAUAGCACCAGCACUGCCACAAACACUGCCAAUAACCUUUUAGGUUCUCAGCUAGUUGAAGUUAUUGCUUUGGUCCUAGGCAAUGAGGAGGAUGAAGAUGGUCAUUUAGUUGCUCUGCAGAUGGUGGAUGAUCUUCUAAGCAAAGCUGCACCAUUGCUUUUAGAACAUUGUGCACGCCUUGGUGUAAUCAGUAAAGUGGGAAUGCUGGCUGGCCCAUCUGACCCACCUAUUGAAGAAUACACCCCUAUAAAAGGGAAAGAGGAACAGGAUGGUGAUGAGCCUGGCAUGGAAGAUGCUAAAGAAGUUGUACCUGGCAAGGCAUACCACUGGCGGGACUGGUGUGUAGCACGGGGACGAGAUUGUCUUUACAUUUGGAGUGAUGCUGCUGCUUUGGAACUCUCUAAUGGUUCCAAUGGUUGGUUCCGCUUCAUUCUAGAUGGAAAGUUGGCAACCAUGUACUCUUCGGGAAGUCCUGAGGGAGGAUCAGAAAGUACAGAGAACCGCAGUGAAUUCUUAGAAAAGCUGCAGCGAGCCAAGUCAGCAGUCCGGCCAGGCAGCCCUAGUCAGCCGGUAUUAUCUACUCCAGGGCCUGCACGCUUAGUCAUUGGAAAUUGGUCACUUCAGUGCAAAAAAGAGGGUGAAUUGCACAUUCACAACUCUGAUGGGCAACAACAAGCUACCAUCCUUCGUGAGGAACUCCCAGGAUUCAUCUUUGAGAGUAACCGCAACACAAAACAUUCCUUCACUGCUGAAACAUCUUUAGGGCCUGAAUUCCAUGCGGGGUGGACUGGUCGACGUGGAAAACGGUUCAGAUCUAAGGUUGAGGCAAUGAAGCAAAAGUGGCAGGAUGAUAGUACCUCCUUGGGCAGUUGUUGUCUUCCAGCUUACUACUUAGCGUAUCACAUGUAUUUAUCAAUUUAUUUAUUUCAGGUGAGCAAUAAAGGCGGUGGAGAAUGGCCUGAAAUUUUGAGGGCCACUGUUGAAGACCUAGUAGCCCUCUUGCGUGAUGAAAGCACAGUAUCUGCAUAUGAACUCCAUUCUUCAGGCCUAGUACAAGCUCUUCUUACACUUCUUAGUCCAGACACUACACAACAUCUCCCAGAUGAUAAUAGACAGUUUUCUCAAAGACGGGUUAACAAAAUGAUAAAACAAAGAAGAAAUGUUUUCAAAAGUUGCUUUAUGGAUAAAGUAGAUGAAGAAAGUGCUACGAUCAGCUCAUCAGUCAGUCCUGGUACCCAGCUAGUUAGAAAAUUAGUAUCUGUGCUGGAGAGUGCAGAGAAGCUUCCUCUAUAUAUUUAUGAUGUUCCUGGAGCAGGAUCAGGUCUUCAAGUUUUGAGUCGACGUCUUCGAUUUAGACUGGAAAGAGCAGCAGGUGAAAGCUCUCUAAUUGACAGAAAUGGAAGAACACUUAAAAUGGAACCCCUGGCGACUGUUGAACAGCUUGAGAGGUACUUGCUGAAGAUGGUAGCCAAGCAGUGGUAUGACUUUGACCGCACAUCUUUUGCCUUCGUUCGCAAACUGAAGGAAGGACAGAAGAUUGUCUUCAAGAACAGCAGAGAAUUUGAUGAAAAUGGAAUUAUCUAUUGGAUUGGAACAAAUGCUAAGACUGCUUAUGAAUGGGUGAAUCCAGCUUCUGUUGGACUUGUUGUAGUUACAUCUAGUGAGGGUCGAAACCUUCCUUAUGGUCGACUAGAAGAUAUUUUAAGCCGUGAUGCAUCUGCUCUAAACUGUCACACAAAUGAUGACAAACGAGCAUGGUUUGCCAUUGAUCUUGGCAUUUGGUUUGUACCAUCAGCAUACACAUUGAGACAUGCACGAGGAUAUGGCAGAUCUGCACUUAGAAAUUGGAUGUUCCAGGUUUCGAAGGAUGGUAUGACUUGGACAACUCUAUGCACUCAUGUUGAUGAUUGCUCCUUAAAUGAACCUGGCAGCACUCAUACCUGGAGUAUACAGCCUCCUUCAGAAGAAAAAACUGGCUGGAGACAUGUUCGCAUUCAACAGACAGGAAAGAAUGCAUCUGGUCAGACCCAUUAUCUCUCUCUCUCUGGGUUGGAGCUAUAUGGCACAGUGACUGGGGUUUGUGAAGAUCUGGGAAGGGCAGCUAAAGAAGCAGAAGCUAACCUGAGGAGACAAAGAAGACUUGUCAAGUCACAGAUGGUAAAGCACAUGGUAGUUGGAGCACGUGUGGUACGUGGUCUUGACUGGAAGUGGCGGGACCAGGAUGGCAACCCUCCAAGUGAAGGAACCAUUACAGGAGAACUUCACAAUGGCUGGAUUGAUGUAACAUGGGACCAUGGGGCAUCUAAUAGCUACCGUAUGGGUGCUGAGGGAAAAUACGACCUCAAACUAGCUCCUGGAUAUGAUCCAGAAUUUCCACAGGUCUCUACAAUAACCAGCAGUAUUAGCACUACAUCCAGCAAUACUGCUACUACUACAACAUCUGCAUCUAUAGCUACAAUAACUACAGCUAUAAAGUCAACAAAGGUGGUCAGCACAGAUGUUACCCAAGGAACUAGUGUACUAACCAGCCGCAAGUGCAGCUCCACACCCUCACUACCUCAGGCUACAACAGAUGUUCACAAACAUUCUGUUGCUGCCUCAGAACAAGCAGCCUCAGAUGAUAACCUUUCUGCCAAGGCUGCAGAGACUGUUGCAGAAAAUGUUUUGAGUGUAGCCAGCGCUGAAGCUCUGUUGAGUGUUGAGAGCAGUGGACGUGAGAAAGGCAAUGAACUGGCAUCUCUUGUGCAGUCUCUCAGCUUAAACGACCGUGACAUCACAUCUGACUUCUCUGAUGCCAUGUCCUCUCUGGAGUCUGUACUCAAUACCUCUGAUAUCAAAUCUGGUACGGGUGAUAUGAGUGAGGCUAUGACUGUGAUGGAUGUGGGAUUGCAUCCAACCUCGGACACUAAAGUGGGUUCCAUGGGCCAAGCUGGGGAGUGUCCGGCUCUGACAGUGAAUGAAGAAAAAUUUGGAGACAUCAGCAGUAUAGGGAUUAGUGGCAGUGUGAGCAGCAGCAGCAGCAGUAUUGGGGGCCUGACCAGCAGCAGCAGGAAGCGAUGUGGGGGUGUAGUAACGGGUGAGGGUAAGAGGGACUGCACUGGGCGCUCCACCAUGUCUUCACAGCCUAUGAGUGUUAGUGUGCCCAACCUAACGAGUGCAGACACUGAGCCAUUGACACAUAGUUUGCUGGAAACCUUCACUCAGGUUGCCAGGAGAAGGGGGGGAUCAGCUACCAUGCCACCCAGUACUGGGGUGUGUGGCAGUGGGGGAAUGGCACCCCAUGCUCCUAAUGUGCCUGCUAGUAUCAGUAAUGUACGAACAGGCUUGGGGCAAUUGAUAGGUGGGCCACCCCCAAGCCUGGCCCACCCAGUGUUCUCGCCCUCCACCCACUCCAUGUCCAGUCUGGUCCGCCUGGCCCUCUCCUCACACUUCCACCUCCCAGGAUCUGGACCACUAAGCACAGCACAGAGUUAUCCUACUUUGACUUCCGGCACAACCUCCACUACCUCCACAACUACUACGGGUGCUGCUGCAUCUUCCACCACCAACCAGCCAUCGACCAACCUAUCUUCAUUUCCUCACGGUCUCACUAUGAGUCUUACAUCUACGUCUAGUGACUCAGAGCAAGUGAGUUUGGAGGAUUUCCUGGAGAGUUGUCGAGCUAGUACACUCCUAGCAGAGCUUACAGAUGAUGAGUUACCAGAUCCAGAUGAUGAUGAGAAUGAUGAUGAUGACAAUGAUGAUGACGACGAAGACUAUGAAGAGGAGGAGGAAUGUUAUGAAGUAACUGUAAGAAUAUACCUGAUGUACCUGUUGGAUUACACUACUUUUUUACUGACCUUAACUCUAUUUUUAGAUUUGGAGAUUACAGCCCCUGGUACAGAAGAGCAUUUAUGUGAUACCCCUAGUGAAGUAGCAAGUGGCCCUCGACUUAGUUUAACCCUGCGUGGUCCUAACCUCCCUGGGAUUCCUGAAGUUGAAAUACCAAUAACAAAGAAAACCUCGACAAUCUUUGCUGCCGUCCAGACUUUGGUUCAUGCUGCCAACUUUCCUUCCCGACAAGAAAGAUUGCGACGAAUAUGGGAGCCUACAUACACGCUUGUAUAUGGAGAGGCAAGAGAAGAUGAGAGUUCUGAAGGAGAAUUUUCUAGUGUUCAGCUACUUAAUCGUCGUAAUUCCCGAACAAAUAUUUUGACUGAGGCAUCUGGCAGUUCAGCCUUGCCUACCAGUACCUUGACAACGGGUGAUCCAUCUGUUGAAGAUGUGUUGCAACUCCUACGACAAUUGUAUAUAUUAGCUCAUGAAGAUAAAGAUAAAUCUGCUUUGAUCGCUGCAAAACUGAGAUACGAGACAGCAGCCUUUUGUACUGUAAGAGUUGGUGAAGCUGUAGUGCUAGCAUGUGGUGCCCUGCCAUCAUGGUGUGAAGACUUGACAUAUGCCACCCCUAUGCUCUUCCCAUUUGAUACCAGACAUCUUUACUUCAAUUGCACAGCUUUUGGUCCUGAGAGAUCUUUGGUGUGGCUACAGAGUCAGAGAGAUGUAAGUGUGGAGCGACGUGGGGGGUUGAGAAGAGAUGACCCUCAUGAAUAUAGAGUAGGACGACUAAAACACGAGAGAGUGACUGUGCCUCGUGGUUCCAAUCUUCUUCAAUGGGCUCAGCAGGUGAUGCGUGUCCACGCAAGUCGAAAAUCCAUUUUAGAAGUUGAAUUCCGUGAGGAAGAAGGUACUGGUUUAGGUCCCACCCUGGAAUUUUAUGCUCUUGUGGCUGGUGAGCUGCAGCGAGCUGAUCUGUCCAUGUGGUUGUGUGAUGAUCAAACAUCUGACCCCAUCACUCCUCCUGCAUUAGAUGGUGGCAAUGGGACUGGUGACUCGCAGACAAGACCUCCAGGCUAUUAUAUCUGCCGUCAGGGAGGUCUCUUUCCUGCUCCCCUUCCCCAAGAUAACUCAAUUUGCGAUCAAGUAGUUGAGUUAUUUCAUUUCCUGGGGAUAUUUUUGGCAAAAACUUUACAGGACAACAGACUUGUUGACCUACCUUUGUCUCGCCCUUUCCUCAAACUCAUGUGUCAUGGUGAGUUUGCUAAUGUGAAGGACAGAGGCAUUACAGGAAGUUAUGCUAAACCCCGAGGAGGACUUUCUUCUUUACCAGUUGAAGAGGAUCUCAUGACCUCUUCCAUAAUAAGUGAAGAGAGUGAGAAAGAGCUUGAGCUGGACCCUCCCAAGUAUCGCAUUUCAGAUACUCAACCAUGGUUCAGUGGGCUGCUAACAUUGGAAGAUCUUUGUGAGGUAGACCCUGAGCGAGGAGCUUUCAUGCAGCAGCUGAAAUCUCUGUCAGCUAUUAAGCAGCAGAUCCUCAAUGACACAAUCCUCUCGGAGGAAGACACGUUGCAACUUCAUAAUUUGGCCCUUCCCUCAACUCCUGAUAACCAGGGAGCAGAACAGCCAGCAGUUAGAUUAGAAGAUCUUUGUCUCACCAUGCAGUAUGCUGCUCCCUCCAGACACUUGGGAUAUACAGCAAUUGAACUACGAACAGGCGGAGCUGAUCAAGAAGUGACUCUUACUAAUGUGGAGGAUUAUAUUGACUUUACUCUUAGCUGGGCCUUAGAAGUAGGUAUUAGAAGGCAACUUGAAGCUUUCCGAUCAGGAUUCUGUCAGGUGUUUCCCUUGAAGAAAUUGGGAGCAUUUAGCCCAGAUGAACUGAGACUCAUGUUGUGUGGUGACCAAGCUCCUAUAUGGACACGUGAAGAUAUUCUAGCAUACACUGAGCCUAAGUUAGGAUAUACUCGAGACUCUCCUGGGUUCUUGAGACUCGUAAACAUACUUGUAGGAUUGACAGCAGAAGAACGAAAAGCAUUUCUACAGUUCACCACUGGUUGUUCGUCAUUGCCACCUGGUGGCCUUGCUAAUCUUCAUCCUCGCCUUACUGUAGUACGCAAGGUUGAUGCAGGAGAUGGUUCGUAUCCAUCUGUAAACACUUGUGUCCAUUACCUGAAGAUGCCUGAUUAUUCCUCCGAGAGCAUAAUGAAAGAGAGGCUUCUUGCAGCCACACGGGAGAAGGGCUUCCAUCUUAAUUAAUUCUUAAAAAAUUUAUUAUGAUUAUAGACUCAGGUUUAAGUAAUAGAGAUUUUAAAACCCUUGCUUAAUGAAAAUCUGUAAGAUUGAUUGUACUCAACUUCCGAGGACUCUCAUAAAAUAUGCUGUAAUUAUAAACAGUUAUAUUAGGAAGAAAUGUGAAUUAAAACCAGUUUGUUUAUUACUCCUUCAAAGGGAUUUUUACAGUGAAUUAAGGAUAAAGUCAUAUACAAUAGUCUUGAGUAGUACUCUGUGUGGAGUGUAUCUUUAUUAAAAAGUGAUUUCAGAGUGCAAAUUAUGCAUGAUACCAAAUGCUUACAAAAACUUAAAUCCCAGACUGACUUUUUAAAGAGAAUCCAGGAAAAUAUUUCUUUUCCCAGUGUGCUAAUAUAAUAUUAGCAGCACUCGAUGAGAAUAUGUAUGCCUUUCAAAGUGAUUGCUUGAGAAAGUGCAAAUACAGGCAACAAAAUGCAACACUACCUGGCGAGUGGAUGACUUGUGUGAAUGCACAGAACAUUAGUCACCCUAGUGUCUGUACAAGUAAAAAUGGCUGGUUUUAUAGCUAAUUGAAAUGUGUGAAAGCAAUUUGGAUGUUGGUGCCAAUCUGCAUAAAUGUUUUCCAAGAAAAUAUUUUUCAUGAAAGUAUAAGUGAUAUAAAUACAUUUUUGUUGUUCUGGCAGGUAGUGGUAAGUAGGCUGACAAUGGCCAGUUGUUGUUUUAUGUUGUCACCAUUAGCUUAUGUCUUUCUGUGAUAACUGAUGUGAAGGCAUUGCAUAGGCAGCAAACUGUAUAUAAUGAAAUGCAUUACAAGAAUGCCACUGUUAUAGUUAUGUCUCUCAGUGUAGCAAUUAAGUAUUUGUGAUUUUGAGUGGAGAUUUUACUGUUGAGUAGGUGGUUGUAUGGUUGAGUAGCCCUUCUAUAAUACUUGGGUCUGCUGUUCAGUGUCGGCUAUUCUCACCUCGGCUUGUUAGCAAGGAUCUCAUGAUAAUUAACUGUAAUAAGCCCAAUGUAGUAAAUGCUUGAAUUUGUGAUUUGAUAUAUUGUUAUAAUCCAUCCCAAAAAUACUUCUUGUCACUUUCUAAAACUUAGUGAACAUAAUGGUCAUGGUUUCGAAGGGUUUGAGAUCGUUUGUGGUAGCCAAGACAAGGCAUUGACAUUGCCUGUACUUGUAGUAAUUUCAUCAUGCUAAGGCAGUUCAUGCUAAGUUUACACUUGAAAUAUUAUCACUGACUUGAUUGAUCUGAGUUUUGUGCACAAGUGUUUAACAUAGCUUCUUUGAUGAAUUGUCAGUAGCAAGUUGAGACACAGUAAAGUAGUGACAUUACAGGCUGACAAUUCAUCAUCUUUUCAUGAAGAUUGUCACAGUCGUGCUCUGUUUUGUGCCUUACAUUUUUUCUUUAGUUUUCAAUUUCUAAAUAAUUUUUUUUAAAUUAUGAGUUUAAUGAUGCAUUUUACUGUCCAUUGAUCAUUUUAGUAAAACUACUAAGUAAAAUAAUUAUUUUUUAAAGUUUAAUUAGGUUUUGACAGUACAUUUCAGAAGAUUUUUUCAUGAAUGUAAAUAUUUGAAGGGAAUUUCAGCUAAAUAUGUUGUGCAUGAAAAAAUCUUUAUAUUUGUCUGUCGACUUAUGUUCUGUUGUACAAGAAUUAAUAAGUUAAACUACUGAAAGAGAUACAGAAUGUAGGCAUUGAAGAUGAGAAGCAAAAAUUUUCACAGGCACCUUAAAACAGACCACUGCUGUUUAUUAGAGGGAUAUGCCUGAUUGUCUUAUCUACAAAAGUGUUUCACAUUCACUACAGUAGAUAAUGGGCUCUGGUGUUUAAUUAGAAGCAAAUUACACAAGACAUUUCUUAACACCGAAGUAAGGUAACGUAAACAAUAUUGUACUUAUUGAAUAAGUCACAAUCAGUGAUAGUAGAUGAGAAGAUUACACAGCUAAAUGAAAGUAAUUAUUACCAAAAAUGCUAGUGUUGAAUUUGACAUUUUAUCAGUAUACCAAAAAGAUUAGGAUAAAUGUUAGUAUGCAAUAGAGUAAUUGUGCUUAUAUUCUAAUAUUUAUUUUGUAUUGCUG